UUCUUUUAUUUUGCUCAAAAACGGUGUCGUUUCAGUUAAACCUCGUGAAAACCCGUCUUCUUGCUCGCACUUUGACCUAGAAAUCAAAAUCAAACUUCCUCCUGCUUCACAUUAUCGGCGAAAAUGGCUUCUCGAUGUCGAUCUCUGUCAAAACCAGCGUUCUCAAUCUUUAGAUCCGCAACGAACAAGCCCUCUCUCCGACCCAAAUCAGCUUCAUCAUUUCUCGGCGUCCCUCCUUCGCCUGGACUCGCAAGGCCGAUUGCUCAGCUGGGGUCGCUUCAGUCGCUGCUUCCGUUGUACAGUGCGGUGGCAUCAGCUAGGCUGACAUCGUGCCUGGGGAUCGAUUCGAUGAAUUCAAGGUCGUUGUCUCAGGGUAUGAUCUGCGGUUCGAACCCAGGAGUUUGAUAUUCUCCCUAAUCUUUUGUUAGUAUAUCUAGCUUGGCCUAAGCGUGCCUCGAUAAGAGGACUAGACUCGAGGAAAUGGAUUCAUUCCUUUUUUUUUUUUUUUUUGUUGCUUUGCUGGUCUAAUUCUGUUACUCAGACCAGUUUCUAUGAGUCUUGUUGAUGAACACACUCUAUUUUCGUUUCAUCCAUUUAAAUUGGAAUAUGUAUUCUUCAAAACAUCAAAGAUUAAACAAUUAUAGUCUUGUGUCCUUCGUCUUA